AUGCUGAACCGUCGCCGAGGUAAGGUCGUGAUGAAGGUGGGGUCGAGUACUUACGAGUCUCUCGAUGGUAUGGACUCCGCCCAGCGACUUUCAUCUACAUCUAGAUCUAUGGGUGUGUCCUUGUCUAGUAGGAUCAUCGCUGCCGAGUCUCUCGAUAGCGCUAGUGACCCUUACAGAGAUGAGAUCCGAUAUACCAAUACGAUCUGGAUGGAAGGCGUUAGGUUAGCAUUGUAUGGCUGGGCGGUAGAUGGUAUUGAUGUUAGGCUGUUUGAUGUUAAGUCGCUGAUUGCGAUUGACUCCGCAUUCCUUCUUGAUAUGGAUCGUCAUUUGGAUACCGACAUGCGACGCCGAUACGAUUUCGAUCGAAACAAGUUCUUCGUUGAUAUAUUCUUUCCCUGGAGGUUCUUCAAGAAGAAUGGCAAUACCAGCAAGAAUGUGUAUCCUGACGAUCUGACAUUAUCAUGGAAAUCGUUUGUGGAUCAGUUUAAACGAUCGCCAGAGCUUUGGAUUGAGCGGUACUACAAGGAGAAGCGGAUCUUCAUUGGCAUGCACUUAGUAGGCGCUGUGAUGCAUUCACACUUAGAGUCUGUCGCACAUGGGUAUCGCUGCUUCGUGCCUCAAUCUCUGGAGUGUCCAUUCUGUUAUGAUGGGAUCGUGAGUCUAAAGCGCAUCACGAAUGAUACAGUACCUGCGUCAUUGGUUAAAGCAAUAGCAAACCUAGAACAGGUUCGCCUUCGUUGGCCUAAUAGUAAGCGUAGACGUCCAGGAUUGUUGAAAGACUUUCAAAAUUACCAUGAAUGGAAAAAAGCCGUUUAAAGAAUAAAAUAAAUCCUUUCCCAUUUUAGGCUAAA